AUGUGGUGGCAUGGGCCUAGCUACCUACAGCAUAACUCUAGCUUUUGGCCCCAUUCCGGUGUUACGCGUUCCCUGGAGAACAUUCCCGAACAAAGGAAGUGCAUCACGGCCGUCGCCAUGUCCGAUUCUUUAAUUGUGCACCAGUUACUGCGCGAUCAUUCAAAGCUCAGUAAAGCGUGCCGCAUACUCACAUAUUGUUUAAGAUUCUUCAAAUCGCAUCGUCCGAGCGAACCUACAAUUUUCGUGCCCCCCCAGGGCAUACUAACCGCACUACAAAUUAUGUGCAAACCCAUACAGCGUCAAGUCUUUUCCGCAGAAUACAAGAACCUUCAGGAAGGUCGCACCCUUCAUACAACAAGUAACGUACUAGCUUUAUCCCCAUUCAUUUGUAGCGAUGGUUUAAUACGAGUGGGUGGCAGACUAGUAAAUUCGGAGCUCAGCUCUGACGCGCGUCAUCCAAUUUUAUUGCCACGCGAUGACAUUUUAACUCAGCGUAUAAUAGAGCAAGAGCACGAGCGCAACGCUCACGCCGGCGCGCAAGCUACAAUGGCAGCAGUAAGGCAGCGUUUCUGGCCAAUUUCUCUAAGAUCCGCCACUCGAAAGGUGAUCAGAAAUUGUAUAACAUGUUUUAGAAGCAAGCCCGUGCAAUCUGAAACAAUCAUGGCAUCGUUGCCAACCGAACGAGUUAAUGCUUCGCGAUCGUUUACGCACUGCGGCGUCGAUUACGCAGGCCCAUUCAUCUUGCGAGAAUCUAAAGCACGCAAUGCUCGCACGCGUAAGGCUUAUUUGGCGGUCUUCGUAUGCUUCGCCACUAAGUGCGUGCAUCUCGAACUGGUUAGUGACCUCACGGCUGAGACAUUUAUAGCCGCACUAAAGCGAUUCGUGUCUCGCAGAGGAAAGCCGUCUUGCAUUUAUUCCGACAAUGGAACGACGUUCGUGGGUGCUCAUGCUAAUUCCUUACGAGAACACGAAACUGCAUGGAAAUUCAUUCCUCCUAACGCGCCUCAUUUUGGCGGUUUGUGGGAGGCUGCAGUCAAAGCCGCUAAGCGUCAUCUUAUCCGAAUAGUCGGGAAGACAUCCUUGUCUUUCGAAGAAUUACAAACAAUUUUUUGCGAAGUAGAGGCCAUUCUAAAUUCACGCCCUCUCACUCCGUUAACCGAAGAUCCUAACGAUCUUAGUUAUUUGACCCCAGGACAUUUCUUAAUUGGCACCGCGCUGAAUAGUUUCCCUCAUCCGGAUUUAACUAAUGUAAUACGUUGGCAGCGUGUCGAACAAGUCAGACAACAUUUUUUGCGCAGGUGGAGCCAAGAAUAUCUGCAUACCCUCCAGGAGCGAUCCAAGUGGAGGACAAACAAGGGUGAUCAGCUGACACCCAACCAAAUGGUGCUCCUGAAACAGCCGAAUCUAGCACCUCUCCAGUGGUUGUUGGGUCGCGUUGAAGAAGUUCAUCCAGGAACUGAUGGCAACGUGCGGACCGCUACCGUCCGUACCACAAAGGGUCUUUUCACUAGACCAUUAACCAAGCUUGCUAUCUUACCAAUAGAAACCUAG